GAAGAAGAUCUAUGGAACAAUUCAUGCGUUGAGUCUUGCAGUUCUUGUUCUGAUGAACCUGAGUUUAGAUGUUCUGUUAUGAUCACUUCCAAUACAACAUUGUCUUGAGUAGAAGUGGAGUUCUUUCGGAAUGGCUGUGAUAAAGAUAUGUUUUCUAUAUCCCACUAUAGCGAAUAUCGAUCAACCCCCUAUCGGAAUCAAAACUCACGAUGUGUAUCGCCAUUUGAUCCAUCAACAUUACCAACCUAUCCCUCGCCAAUCAAAGAAGAAAUCCUCUCCGAAGAUGAGAAACCAGAUAUUUCGACCUCCGAUCUAUCCAGCGACAGCAGUGCCCUCAAGUGCCUAGAGAAAUCAGUUGAGAACAGCCUGAACAUAUCUGCUCCUGGAUCUCCAACACAGAAUACCAGCUCAGAUGCUGCAAACGAAGACUGCACGCAAACUGAAGAUUACAGUGUGCCCAGCUUGAACUCCCAUGGAAGAAUCAAGACAGUGAAAUGCAAACAUUGCCAAGCCGUGUUCAAUACCAAGCUUGAAUUCUGGAACCACCAAAGAGAUCAUAUCAAGCCGGAUAGGGUCUUAGAAUGCAAUAAAUGCCCUUUUGUGACAGAAUACAAGCACCACAUGGAGUACCACCUGAGGAACCAUGGUGGCGAGAAAUCUUACAAGUGCAAAAAAUGUGAUUAUAGAUGCGUGAAUAAAUCGAUGCUGAAUUCUCACAUGAAGUCUCAUUCCAAUAUAUACCAGUAUAGGUGUUCAAAUUGUCACUACUCCUCCAAGUACUGCCAUUCGCUCAAGAUUCACCUUAGGAAAUACCGUCACCAGCCAGCGAUGGUUCUGAACCCAGAUGGCACUCCUAAUCCGUUACCCAUCAUUGAUGUAUAAGGCACUAGGAGAGGUCCUAAAGUGAAGAACAACGACGGGAACGUACCGGUACCUUCUCCAAGAAAAUCGAGGAUUGAAAAUACUCAGUCUCAAAUGCCUCAACAGUCUCAAAUGCCCCAACAGUCUCAAAUGCCCCAACAGUCUCAAAUGCCCCAACAGUCCCAAAUGCCACCUGCUAAUCCUGCAAUGCAAGGGAUGAUGCCUUUUCCAAUGCUACUCCAAGAUCCCGAUCUUCAAUUCAAAUGGAUGUUGCAACAAGCCUUCAUCAUGCAAUCAAUUCAAAACAUGGUAAAUUUGGGUUAUCCAAAUCCUCUGGCUUCACUACCAUCCAGCACGCAACAAGAGCAGGAGAAGAGAGAGGAAAAUUCCGCCCUGGAUUUAUCCAGACCCUCUAACCCAGAUAAUUUCGGAAGCACUAACCUCAAAUUGGAUACUCCUUCUACUUCAGAUGAUGAAGAAGACGAAGAAGAGAACUUGAAACUUCUUUACAACGUUCAGGUGGAACAUAAUGUAGAUGAAUCUCCAA